AUGCCGCGACGGAAUUUCGCCGAUGCGGACCUUUACUCUUCAAGUUCUUCUGAUUCCAGUGAUGAUUUCAUUUCAGAAACGGACGAGGAUGAUGAGAUAAGUAUAUCUGACUCUCCUUCUGAACAAGAUUCCCUUGAGGCAAGCUCGAGUAUCUCAGACGACCCGAGUACACAUCUUCCACACCGACCAUGCAAGCUAAGGUUGCAUCCUGGGCGCUUGGCAUUUAGGAGCUCCAGUGACUACGCUUCGGAACGGAGAAAGAUGAUAAUUUUUAAGGAAUUUCAACAGGACCUGAAAGAAUGGAAUAGGCUUCAGCAAAGAGUGUGCGAAGUGGACCUAAAGGCAGUUCGGCAGAUGGAACGAAUCGAGGUGACCAUCCCGCGAUACUUCAUGGAAUUGCUCAUAGAAAUACCCAUGAAUUUGCUUAGGGGUCUGUUCAUGGAAUCAACCCUGCUGUCACCCACGCAAUCAGCCGUACAAUCAGCCGCACAUCUACCCAUAGACAUGCUCAGUAGGGUGUUCUUGAAACGGCCCAGGGCAUCGUACGAGGUAGUGUGGAAGGCAAUAUCGGAUCUGUUGUUAAACCGACUAGAACAGAGACAAGCUGGAGAAAUGACAUCUGAGGGGGAACGAGAAUGUGCUGGGAUUCCGUCGGAGGAUAUCUACCACGAAUCUCCUACACUUGAGCAAGGUCAAAUUAGGACUCUUGUUGUUUUCCCUGCAGUAAAUGACAGCGACCCUCUGGUCUGUAGACUCAACACCGAGUCGCUUGAAGAGGCUUCCAGCUCUGUUUAUGCGGCGCUCUCAUAUUGUUGGGGUACGGAUCUGUAUUCCAGCUGGCUGUAUGUCAUUCCACCCAAUAUCCCAUUUGAUAGGCGAAUGCAAUGGCAGUACGACCGGUGGGUAGAUCUGAUACAACAAUGCAGAGGAUUCAGGAUUGGAGAAAAUCUCAAGCGCGCUUUACUUCGUCUACGGAAGGAUGAUGAGUCUAUAACUCUAUGGGUUGAUGCCAUCUGUAUCAAUCAGAAAAAUGAGAACGAAAAAACACAGCAGCUUCUUCAAAUGGCGAAGGUGUAUCGCAUGGCAAACCAUGUUUGCGUCUGGUUAGGGGAAGCUGACAGCGAUAGAAGAAGUAAUCGCGCAAUGAGGUUUAUCCCGAAAAUAAUGGACUUUGCAUUUCUGGAAAGAGCGGUAAACGAUGAGAGCCACGCAGAGAAUUGGUAUGCGCUCGCUGAACUUAUGAGAGAUCGCUGGUUCUCUCGGCGCUGGAUUGUUCAAGAAAUCUCGCUUGCCAAAGAGGCAUCGGUCUACUGUGGUAAAAUGGCGGUUCCAUGGACGGAGUUCGCAGAUGCAGUGUCCAUCCUGGUCACAUAUCAAGAAAAGAUCAGAAGAUUAUUCAAGAGCUGGAGGGAGGGAGUUAAUACACUUGGCGAAGUCCAGUCAUUUGGAGCUAACAAGCUGCUCGAGGCCACUGCCAGACUUUUCCAGAGAGACGCCGAAAGUGUUGCUCGAAAACCUCUCAAAGGGAUCGAGUACUUGGUGACUUCUUUAAGCACAUUCGACGCUAGUAAAUCGCGCGACAUCGUGUAUAGCCUAGUCUCGAUCGCCAGUGACACUUAUGACCCUGUUUCCUAUGAUGCUAGACAAGAGGACGACGACAAUAUUAAAGCUUACAAGCUCGCCAUCGACUAUAAGUUGGACGAAGUUGAAGUCUAUAGAAACUUUGUCAAGUACUGCAUUCUUUCAUCUGGGUCGCUUGACAUCAUCUGCCGCCCAUGGGCAAUGCCUCAAAUGGGGAACGGUAUGUUGCCAUCCUGGAUCCGACUGCUGCGGGACUCCGAGUUCGGGGAGCCGACGGAAGUCUACAAUGGCCGUAAGAACGGAGAAGGCCUCCUGGGUCCGGUUGGCUCUCCGCUUUAUAAGGCCUCCAGGGGUAUAAGAUUCACAGAUACUUCAACGAAGACCGCCCCACCUCGAAAGAAGCGUAAGACGAAAGCCGAUGCGUCUGACGCGCAAGUGGUUCGACAUACGUCUUCUACGCUCUUUGUCAAAGGCUUUAAAUUAGCUAAGGUGGAGGCCGUAUCGUUAGCGAAUACCUCGGGGCUCAUCUCACGAAGCUCGCUGUUGAGUAUUGGUGGCUGGGCAGGUGUUAAUGAAAGCCCAGAAGAAGUGCCAGAUCACAUCUGGCGUACCUUAAUAGCAGAUAGAGAUUCCGAGGGGCAGGUUCCGCCUACAUGGUAUCAAAGAGCAUGCCUGCGGUGCUUGGAGAUUGCUGAUACUUUUCAUAAUGGACAUUUCAACACUGGCCAACUUUUACACGAAGAGUCAGAUAUGCUCCGUGCAUACCUUACCCGUGUGCGAAAUGUCACAUGGAAUCGGAAAUUCUUCAGGGCCCCAAUGAAAGCUCCGGACGCUGAUAGCUCUCGUGGCCCCUCAGGUCAAAGGGAAACAGUGAGCCACCAAGAUAUGGGUCACACGGACGACAUCCAAGAUGUGAGCGGCGAAGUUCAACAGGAAACAGACAACGAGGUAUCAGGCUCUGAAGAAGGGCCUACCUUUGAAGGAGGGAAACGACUGUGGACUGAGAACGACUUAUUCGGUUUGUGCCCAGAAGCUACUACGCCGGGGGACUUCAUUUGCAUCUUAUAUGGGUGUAGUGUACCGGUCAUCCUCAGACAGUCCACAAGGAAUCCGAAAGGCUUCAAAGUAAUCGGCGAAUGCUACGUCCAUGGGAAGAUGGAAGGCGAAGCAGUAGAAAACUGCAAAGAAGGGAAAACACUAGGGUCCGAUGAGGUUUUCGGGUUAAUAUAG